AUGUUGACAAAUAAAAUUCCAAACUGUGCGUUUCUACGAGGUCAAAAAGGUGAAACCAGUUUGAAGAAGCGACAAAUCGGGGCUGCUAUGGGGAAUGCCAUAGGUUCGCUGACUGUGGCAGUCGCACCAUCGCAACAUUUGAUGAACGGGAUGUCUGCUGCUAACAUACGUUAUGAUUUCAGUGUGAUGAAAGAUACUUCACACUGA